AUUAGAUGGAUCUACAGCCACAAAUAUCAACAAUCCAUUGAAACUAACGGUUAAGCGACGCACAGAGAUAGAGGGAAAUGGACACUGCCAUCCUAUAAAACAUAAGGAAUAGAGGGUUAAUGCCACCAAAGCGACGCACAGCGACAGAGGGAAAUGGACACUGCCAUCUUGUAAAGCACAAGGAGUAGAGGGUUAAUGCCACCAAGAGCGAGGCACAGGUAGAGGGAAAUGGAUAAGAAAAUCACAAGCAUAACACGUGAAAUAGUAAUGAACAACAGAGGUACAGCUGCUCUGGCCACAUAUCUACCACAAAGGAAGGAAAAUAUCCACAGCACCCUCACACAGCCAGGCAGGAAGUGCUAAUGGAGUGGGGAUACAGGAGGGAUGCAAACAGCCUAAUUAACCUACACACUGUUCCUAUACUACCACUACUACCUUUCCAACCUCAUGAGCUCAGCAACAUUGUGUAAUUAUAAAUUAAGAGCUGGAUGUACAGGCUUCAUAGAAGCCUCAUUCCAGAGUCAACUAUGUAACCAUGAAAUAAUCUUCCCAGUUGAACCAGAACUAAAUCUAGAAAGCAUCAAAGAUAAAAUAAGAACAUUAGGAAGUGAAUCACUUAAACUGGAGGAUAUCAGUGCGUGCUGUGUCUUAAAAAUGUGCAGUUCAGCUGUCAGUAAUAAAGUCCUACAUAUUGAGACGGAAUUUCCUACAAAGAAAUAAAUUCAUACGAUAUAAGAAACAAGCAGCUCAAAGAAAACGGAUCCAGGGGAUAUAGAAAACAUAGUCUAAAACCCAAUAACAAGAAAGAAGAAGAAGAAGAAGCUGACUGAUAGCAGUUACCAGGAUUAUACAACUUUACACUUUGUUUUGUGCACAGAAAAGGGAGGCAGAUUAUUCAAGAAAGGAAUAAUGAUUACAAACAAAGGAAAUUAAGACAGCACAUGCAUUGAGUCAGUGAGAAGGAAUCGGCACUUCACUGCAACCUUGAUCAGACCGUGGACAGGAUUUGAACAGCACUUGGUACUUCUUCAAGUAUCCCGCAUAGUGCAGGCUGUAGGAAUUGUUGAGUUUGGAAGUUCCUGAUUAUUGCUUUGGUGGGCAACCUCCUGUGUCAUCAUGGAUGAAGAACACUAUGAUGUAUUGCUGCAUGAUGACAAGACAUCUGAAAGAAUUGAAAUUAAGGUAGAAAGCAAUAUGGACUUUAAAGAAGAGAAUUACCCAGAAAGAGAUAAGGAAAGUAAUGAAUUUGGUUGUAUCUAUAUAAAAGUGGAAAAGGACACAAAUAAUGAAGGUGAAUGUUCAGCAUCUGAAGAAAGUAGACACAGUGACAAUGUAAUUGAAAAUAACAGUGCUUUGGAAGAGAAAACUGAAAAUAUUUGCAUUUAUGAAAAAAAUAGUAUCUUUAUUAAAAUUGAGAAUGGUGUAGAUAUCAAAGAAGAGGUUCCAUAUUCUGAAGAUAUUGAAGAUUUUAACAAAACAGCUGGAAGUAAUUUAGGUGAUUGUGAAUAUGAAAACAAGGAACUUAUUAAUGAAGACCCUUUAUUACCACUCCCAUGUGAGAAUGAGGAUUGUGCUGAAAUAGACACAGCAAAAAGUAAUCCGCAGACGAAAAAAAGAGUUUACGUGAAAGGAAAGCCUUAUAGCUGUGAUGUGUGUAGCAAGUCAUUUGCCAGAAAGGAUCAUCUAGUGAAUCAUAUGAGAUUACAUACCAAGGAAAAGCCUUAUUGUUGUGAAAUAUGCAGCAAAUCAUUCUCUGAGAGAGGCACUUUAGUGAAACACAUGCGAAUACACACUAAAGAGAAGCCUUUCAGUUGUGAUAUAUGCAAGAAACCAUUCUCAGAGAAAGGGCAUCUCUCAAGACACAUGAGUGUACAUAUAAAAGAAAAAACUUUUAAUUGUGAGAUAUGUAACAUGGACUUCUCACGGAAAGAUUAUUUAAUAAGCCACAUGAGAGUGCAUACAAGGGAGAAGCCUUUUAAGUGUGAAAUAUGUAGUAAGUCAUUUGCUAGGAAGGAUCAUCUUGUGACACAUACCAGGUUGCAUACAAGGGAAAAGCCAUAUAGUUGUAGAAUAUGCAACAAGACAUUCUCUGAUAAAGGACAUCAAAUGAAACACAUGCGUAUACAUACAGAAGAGAAACGCCAUAGUUGCAAUUUAUGUAGUAAAGCUUUCUUUGAGAAAGGUCAUCUAGUCAGACACAUGAGAGUACAUACAAAUGAAAGGCCUUUCAGUUGUGAGGUUUGUCAAAGGGCAUUCUCUGUGAAAAGUAUUCUAGUGAAACACAGAAGAAUACAUAUAAAAAAGUUCUUAAGUAGCAGUGCUGCAAAAGAUUCACCCAAGAAUGAUGCCUAAGUAACACAAAUAAAAGUGUAAAUAAAGAAGAGGUAUUGCAGGUUUAAUCAAUAUGUUAGUGUUCAGUGGAGCAGUGAGCUAAGAAACCUGAGUUGUUAUAUUGUGUUCAUGAGUUCAAGUCUCUCUGUUUCUAUGAAUGAUUAGGAAAACAACUAUUCCUUGCACUUGGGAGGUGGUGAUCUACCUGUAGGUUGAGGCUAUGUGUCAUCCAACGUCUGUUCAACUUGCAAUUACUAUUAUUAUGUUCUAUAGAAGGUAUGACAUGAUACAACAUAAAAAUGUCCACCUUGCUAGUAAUAAAUGAAGCACAAAAUUUCAGAACAUGUAUGUAUGUACAUAUGUAUAUGUAUGUGUAUGUAUGUAAAUCAUAUAUAUGAUGUGUAUGAUAUAUAAUUAUAUAUGAUGUGUAUGAUAUAUAAUUAUAU